UGCGGCCUAGGCCAGCUGUUCUUUCCCCACCACGUUCCUGGAAUUCCUGGGAGCCGCCGGGAUGACGCAGGCGGAGCUGCGGCUCUGCUCCCUGCUGCUCCAGGAGCACUUCGGGGAGAUCGUGGAGAAAGUCGGGAAUUCCCUGCUCCGGACGGGCCCGCGGCCGCUGCGGCUCCUGGUGGGCGACACGGGGCUGCUCCCGGAUCAGGUGAAGAAGGCCCUUUGUGUCCUGCUCCAGCACGACCUGGUGCGGUACGAGGUGCAGCCCCGCGGCUCCGUGGAAUACGAGGCGCGGAGCGAGCGGAUCCUGCGGAUCCUGCGCUACCCCCGCUACAUCUACACGGCCAAGACGCUCUACGGGGACCCCGGGGAGCUGCUGGUGGAGGAGCUGCUGCUCCACGGCCACCUCUCCAUGAGCUGCGCCGUGGCCAGGGUGGCCGAUCGCCUCACCGAGACCAUGGAAGAUGGGAAGACCAUGGAUUACGCCGAGGUGUCCGGCACGUUCGUGCGCCUGGCAGACACCCACUUCAUCCGGAGGUGCCCGAUGGUCCCGGAAAACCCCUGGAACGCCGCGGAGCCGCCGCCCCCCGCGCCCGCCCUGGCCAUCGCCGAGAGGGACAUGUACGUCGUGCCGCGGCUCAGCCUCGCCGGGAAAGGGAAGCGGAGACGCUCGUGCGACGAGGAAGAGGACGGGCAGCGCAAGGCCAAGAGGCAGAAGCAGGAGGGAGGAAGCUCGGAGCCCCCUCCGGACGACGGCAUUUACUGGCAGGUGAACCUGGAGCGUUUCCACCAGCACUUCCGUGACCAGGCUCUGGUCAGCGCCGUGAGCAGUCGCAUGGACCAGACCAGCAGCGAGGUGGUGCGGACGAUGCUGCGCAUGAGCGAGGUGACCACGGCCUCGGGCGCGUCCCACACCCAGCCCCUCUCCUCCAACGAGAUAUUCCGGGCUCUUCCUGCCGGGUACAACAUCGGGAAGCAGGUCCUGGACCAGUACCUGGCACUCCUGGCUGAUGAUCCGCUGGAGUUCGUGGGGAAGUCUGGGGACAGCGGUGGGGGCACCUACACCGUCAACCUGCACAAGGCCCUGGCGUCUCUGGCCACGGCCACGCUGGAGUCCAUCGUGGAGGAGAGGUUCGGCUCCCGCUGCGCCCGGAUCUUCCGCCUGCUCCUGCGCAAGAAGCACCUGGAGCAGAAGCAGGUGGAGGAUUUUGCCAUGAUCCCGGCCAAGGAGGCCAAGGACAUGCUCUACAGGAUGCUCUCGGAGAACCUGGUGUCCCUGCAGGAGAUUCCCAAGACUCCGGACCACGCUCCCUCCCGCACCUUCUACCUGUACACGGUGAACGUGGCGGCCGCCGCCCGGAUGCUGCUGCACCGCUGCUACAAGAGCGCCGCCAACCUGAUGGAGCGCCGGCAGCACGAGACGCGGGAGAACAAGAGGCUCCUGGAGAAGUCCCAGCGGGUGGAAGCCAUCCUGGCCUCCAUGCAGGCCACGGGCGCCGAGGAGGAGCAGCUGCGGGAGGUGGAGGAGAUGCUGACGGGGCCCGAGAGGCAGCAGCUGGAGAACCUCAAACGCAACGUCAACAAGUGAGGGGACAGGA